AUGGUGCAAAAUCAAGUAAUUCAAAGUGAGAUACCUACAGUGUGUCAUCAAAAUAGAAUGAAACCAAUGAAAAGUGUUAAAAUAGCAGAUGGUACAGUAGAAACAUUGACACCAAAGAGCUCCCAUCGUUCAAGUCGUAAACCUACUUUGUCUAUGGAGAAAACAGAAAACAAAAAUGAGCAAAGUAAGAUUGAAGUUGUUGAAGAGGAACCACAGAAAAAGGAAAAAAUAACUUCCACUAAAGAGGAUAUCAAAAGAAGAAGAAGAGAGGAGAGAUUGGCGAGAGAGAAACAGGCUGUUGAAGAAAGAGAAAAAUUCGUGAAAGAAACAACAGAGAAGAAGGCAGCAGAAAGAGGAGAAAUAAUCAAAGAGGCCAAAAGAUUUAUUCUUUACAGAAAGCCAAUGUGUAGACGAAUUAACCAAGGUCUUCUAGUGUCUGAGUGCUAUAGAGAAUUGGAUGCUCAAAUAAAAUUUCGGGAAACUCUUAAAAACGCAGAUAGAGAAGAAGAAAAUGCAUAUGUGAGGAUGAUGAAGGAGGAUGUAGCAAAAUACGAAGAAGAAAUGAGACAGAAAAUGGAGAAACAAUUGAAGGAAAAAAGAGAAUAUACGUGCGAUUUGAAGAAACAAAUCGAAGAAAAUCAUAAUACCAUAACAGAGAAACAAAGAAAGAGGUUCGAAGCUGAGAAACAAGAUCAGAUAAAUAUGAAAAAGUAUUUGGACGAUGUGACAGAACAUGAAGCACAACAAUUGCAAAACAAGAAGGAAAAAUUGAAACAAUUUUUUAAAGACGCGAUAGAAGAGAAGAAACAGUUCGAUCUUAUGCUCAAGCACGAAGAAGAGUUCGAGGAUCGAGCGGUGGAGAUCUAUAGAAACGCUAAAUUGCGAAUACAGAAGAUGCACAAAGCGGUAAAGCAGAAGGAGAAGGAAGAAAGGGAAAAGAAAACACAACUGAUAAACGAGAAAACAUCGGAAAUACACCGUGCGAUUUUGAAAUCGAAAGAAGACUUGGAGGAACGAAUUUUGAAGAAAGCUCAGGAGGAGCAAGAGGAACAUUAUCGGGAGGAACAAAGGAAACGAAAAGAACAUCGGGAUCGAAUAAGUAAAGAAGUUCAAGAUUUUCGACUGAAAGUUCUAGAUACGAAGUCCAAGCAGUUGGAAGAAGAGAAAACUAUGAAAAUGUGGGAAAUGAUGCAGAGAUUUAAGAGGGUGGAGCAUGACAAGGAAGUGGAAGCAGAAUGGUGGAAGAAAAAUUGGGAUGAUAAGAUGAAAUAUGCCGAUACAUUGAAAAAAUACAUCAGUGACAAGGAAGAAGAAAGGAAGCAAGCGAAGCUUGACGAGGAUGAAGCUCUAGAUGUGAAGAAAAUAAUUGAAAUAGAAAAUAAAAAGGUUCUUGAUUAUGCAGAAGAAAUUUUGAACGAAUCCAAAGGCGUGAGACCGCUUUAUCCUAUUCUUAAGGCAGUAGAGGACUGCAAGAGAGAAAUGGGUUUAACAGAGCCGAAGAAAAAGGAAACCAUUGUUGCGGAACCUAAAAGAAGAAGGAGAAUUCGCAGAUGCACAAAAUACGUGCCAGAAGAUAAAAUUCAUUAUCUAUAA